AGAAGCCUCACCGCUGCUGCUGUCCUCUCUCUCUCUCUCUCUCUCUCUCUCUCUCUCCCCCCUCCUCCUCCUUCUUCUUUUCCUCUCUCUUCCUUUCUCUCUCUCACUCACUCACUCACUUGCUCGCUCGCUCUCUCUCUAUCCCGCACCAACACCACCCCCGAACCCCCCCUCUGGAGAAAUUGACGGAUUAUUGCUAACUGUGCGAGCGGCAGCCUGCAGCUGCUACACCGAUGGACCAGGGGAGCGCAAGCUAGUUAAAAAAUGCAAGACGGAACGACCGCAACGUGCGUCUAUUAGCCCUUUUCUGGAUUUGUCUGCGAACGGCUAAUCAACCGGACAAGUGUCGGAGGGUGGUGGAGAGAGAGAAGGGAGAAUAAAAAAAACAAAAAAGUAAGGAGGCGGGGGGAAGACUUCAACACAAGGGGAAAGAAAAUCUGGACUUGGGAUUUUUUUUUCUCUUCAAUCUUUCUUUUUUUCUCUCGUCCUUCCCGCUCUGUGUUGGUUUGUGUGUUAUGUUAAUUGCUUUUGAUUCAUUUUGGCUGUUUUUCCCCCACUGUCUGCCUUGGUUGAACCUGCCUGUCCACAGUACUGUGAUGGAGCCGCACAAAAAUAUUCAGUGGUUUUCAGCAUCGGCUUCCAAGGACAAUCAGAGGGGGAGAUAAGGGGAUGUCUCUUCUAGGCACGAUGGAUCCAUGCACCUGCUUAGCUCUCUGGGCCCCUCGUCCCCAACUGGUUCAUCUUAAUGCGGCUUUUGUCUGGAUUUAAUAGGAGCCAUUUUGUUGAAUUGCUUCUCUGUCCACUUUACACUUUUCUGGAGGAAUUUAAAAAAAAAAUGCUCAACUGCUCCUUAUGGGGAGCAUGAGUGAAUGUGAUCCUGUUUGCGCUUGCUGAUCUAAAGCGGGAGACCAGAUCUCUCAAUAAGCAAAAAACCCAUGAGCAUCCUCCUGCACUGUCGAUGGAAAAAAGAACGAGAGCCUUGCUCAAACCAGGGUAGGGCCAGCUCUCCGCCCCUGAGCCGAAUCCCCACACAAUGUUGAAUUAUGAACGUGCCACAUCAUGAGUCUCUCAGGGCAGGUAACUGUGCACCGUGCCUGGAACUCAGCCCUGCUCUGUGCAGUCUACCUCAUGGUGCGAGCGUGGAGUGCGUGCGCAGCCCCCUCGGGCCCCCUCAACUGCCCGGCCGUCUGCUCGUGCAGCGGCCAGUUCAGUAAGGUGGUGUGCACCCGCCGCGGCCUCGUCCGAGUGCCCCCGGGCAUCCCGUCCAACGCCCGCUUCCUCAACCUGAUGGAGAACAGCAUCGAGGUCAUCCAGGCGGACACUUUUCGCCACCUCCACCACCUGGAGGUCCUGCAGCUGGGCCGCAACUCCAUACGGCAGAUCGAGGUGGGCGCCUUCAACGGCCUGACCAGCCUCAACACGCUGGAGCUGUUUGACAAUCGGCUCACGGUCAUCCCCAGCGGCGCCUUCGAGUACCUGUCCAAGCUGCGGGAGCUGUGGCUCAGGAGCAACCCCAUCGAGAGCAUCCCGUCGUACGCGUUCAACCGCGUGCCCUCGCUCAUGCGCUUGGAUUUGGGCGAGCUGCGGAAGCUGGAGUAUAUUUCGGACGGCGCUUUCGAGGGAUUAUACAACUUGAAGUACCUUAACCUUGGAAUGUGUAACCUGCGCGAGAUGCCCAACCUCUCGCCGCUGGUGGGACUCGAGGAGCUGGAGAUCUCGGAGAACUUCUUCCCCGAGAUCAAGCCGGGCUCCUUCCGGGGCCUCAAGGUCCUGAAGAAGCUCUGGAUUAUGAACUCCAAGAUCACGCUGAUCGAGCGGAACGCCUUCGAUGAUGUCACGGGCCUGGUUGAGCUCAACCUGGCCCACAACAACCUCAGUUCCCUCCCGCACGACCUGUUCGCGCCCCUCAGCUACCUGGUGGAGCUGCACCUCCACCACAACCCGUGGCGCUGCGACUGCGACGUGGUGUGGCUCUCGUGGUGGCUGCGCGAGUACAUCCCCACCAACUCCACGUGCUGCGGCCGCUGCCACACGCCGGCCCACAUGCGGGGACGCUACCUGGUGGAGGUGGACCAGACCACCUUCCAGUGCUCGGCGCCGUACAUCCUGGACGCGCCGCGCGACCUCAACAUCUCGGCCGAGCGCGUGGCCGAGCUCAAGUGCCGCACGGCGCCCAUGUCCUCGGUGCGCUGGCUGCUGCCCAACGGCACGGUGCUGACGCACGGCUCCAACCACCCGCGGAUCCUGGUGCUCAACGACGGCUCGCUCAACUUCUCCAACGUGCUGCCCAACGACACGGGCAUCUACGUCUGCAUGGUGACCAACGUGGCGGGCAACUCCAACGCCUCGGCCUACCUGAACGUGAGCGCCGCCGAGCUCAACACGUCCGACGUGGUCUACUGCCCGCCGACCGACGCCGCCCUCGAGGUGGACCCGCCGGUGUCGGAGGACGCGCUGCUCAAGCCCAAGACCACCACGGUCACGGCCUCGCCGUCCGUCUUUCAGCCCGUCUUCAUCUCCACGCCCACCGUGCUGCUCCAGACGCCGCGGCCGGUCUCGGUGCCCACCUCGCCGCAGGGCACGCCGCGCCCGCCCUCGCCCAGCCUGGACGACAUGAUGAAGACCACCAAGAUCAUCAUCGGCUGCUUCGUGGCGGUCACCAUGCUGGCGGCCGCCAUGCUCGUCGUCUUCUACAAGCUGCGCAAGCAGCACCAGCACCGCAGCUCGGUGGCGGCCGCCAGGACUAUAGAGAUCAUCCACAUGCAGGAGCAGGAGCAGGACCUGCCGCCGCCCGCCUCCUCGGGGGGCUGCCUGCCCGGCGAGGGCCUGCGUGGGGACCACCACCACCACAACAGCAUCUACAAGCCCUACAGCAGCGGCGGCGGCGGCGGCAGCGGCACCUACAAAGCAGCAGCACACGGGGCCAUGUGGACAGAGAACAACAUCGGCAACUCUCUGCACCGCUCGCGGCCCACCGCCACCACCACCACCACCACCAUCAGCACCAUCCAUGAGCCCUACCUUAAAAAAUCCCACAAAGAGAAGGUACAGGAGACUCAGAUCUAGCAUCUCUCUUUCUCCCCCCACCCAGCCCCCAACCCCCUCAAAUGACCCAAAACUCCCACCUCACCAUUGCCUUUACUCUGUGUUUUUGACUUCUUUUUUCACCCUUCAUCUACACAUGCAAUAGAAUGCACAAAGAAAAAAAAAGACAGCAAACCACUUUUUUGUACAAAGUGCAAAACUGAGACUGUUUUUCUUGUACAUGCUUAUACAUAAAUAUGUGAAAAAAAAGUAUAUAUAUAAAUAUAUGAAAUCAGUCCACUAUGGGAUGGUGAGAACAAACAGAUUAUAUUAAAAAGAAGAGGAAAUUUAAACUUUUCUAACCUGUAACUUCUAUUUAAAAGGUUUGAGAUGUGAAGAUGUCAGAUGUCAUUGAAAGAUGAUAGUAGACUUGUUUGAAAAGGGCAUUCUGUGAUUUUUAGAUCAUGCUAGAUAGGAUGCAGAAAAAACUCCAUUUAUACCCAGAAGACUUUCAUUAAAAAAAGGGAAAAAAGGAACAAAAAAAGAAUAUGUCCCCCGAAUGAAUCUUUACAGGUUUAUCUUGUAAAAGCACCAAGAAUUUGUACCGUGCCAAAUGUUCAACUGCACCUGCAAUAAAAGGAUUUUGUUGGAGAGGGAGAGAAAAGACGACGAAAUACUACAAAUACGAUACAAAAUGUAGUUAGAAGGACCUCCGUCUAAGGAUAGCGUUUUGAAACUGAAGGAUAUAGUCUGCUGUCUAGUAGCUAUCGGCCAAAUGCUCCUGGACUGCACCACGGAUCCGCAGCUAGUGUUUAACUCUGCGUUUGCUGAGGAUUCAGUCGGAGUUGUCCCCCCGUAUUCAGUUCUUUCUUUCCCUCUCUCUCUCUCUCUCGGUAAUUACCAGGCCUGCUGUUCCAGAUUGCUCACAUUAUUCUCCAGUUCCCUUUGCUCUAGGGGAAUCCAGAGGUUGUAAUUUAUC